GUACCGGCAAGACCAUGUUGGGACGAUGGAUAGCCUCUAAAGUGAAUGCCACUUUCAUAAACGUGUCGGCAUCAAUUCUUUUCUCGAAAUGGAUCGGGGAGAGUGAGAAAAUGGUGAAUACCUUAUUCCAAGUGGCUGAUCAUUACCAACCAACAGUCAUAUUCAUUGAUGAGGUAGAUAGUAUUCUCGGUGCAAGAUCCGAAGGGGACCACGAGUCCACGAGACGAUUAAAGAAUGAGUUCCUUGCCGCUCUGGAUGGUAUCACCAGCAGACCCGAGUCUCGAAUACUCUUCCUUGGAGCGACCAAUCUACCCUGGCAGAUUGACGCUGCCGCAUUGAGGAGAUUCCCCAAAAAGCUGUACACCCCGCUGCCCGGCAUAGGAGCUCGGAAGUAUCUAAUCACCAGGUUACUGGAUCUACAUCAUGCUAGCAUAUUGACUGAGACACCAGCCGGUCUCAAUGAAGAAGUCAUACAUCGAGUGUCAGAGAGUACCGAGGGAUAUUCUGGGAGUGACAUCAAACAGUUGAUGUGCGCCGCUGCGAUAGUACCCAUACGGGAAGCCUUGGCCAAAAUUGUAUCAUCGGGUGACGAGGAGGAAUAUUCUAAUGUUAUUCCUCGACCGCUGGGCAAGGCUGAUCUCGACGAUGCGCUUGCCCACAGUCAUGCCAGUGAUGCUAAGCUUGAGGAGUAUAUCGAGUGGAAUGAUAAAUUCGGAUCAUGGCCCACUCAAGUUGUUAUGCAUGACGAAUAA